GGUAGGCUCCCGUGGGAAGUGGAACCAGGCAGGGGAGGGCAGAGUGUGGCGCCUGCACCAUGUCCCAUCUGCCUGGGACCUGGGGCCUGCCCUGGGUGCUGCUGCUGCUGCUGGUGGGCUUCCAGCUGCCGCGGACUCACGCGUGGUGUUCUGAGGAGGACAUGGGCAUGUACCAAAUGCAGGACCCUGACUUCCCCGGGACAGUGCAGUUCGCCCUGCACACGUUCAACCAGCAGAGCGAGGACAACCGCGCAUACGGGCUGGAGCGUGUCCUGAGUUCCUGGAGGGAGCAGGUGGAGCCUAAGAAAACCUUCUCCAUGAAACUGCAGCUGCGCAGAACCAUCUGUAGGAAAUCGGAGGGCGACAUUGAAAACUGCCCCUUUGAAGAAAACCCAGGAUGGAACAAUACCUUCCUGUGCUUCUUCACCGUCAGAGCCAUAGCCCAGACCACACAGUUGGAACUCCUGAGCAAGACCUGCUGGGAGGAGCGCCCCUGACCCAGCCUGGCCACGGCCGUGUCUCCUCCCUGGACACGGGUCAUGUCUAAGAGCUGGCGUUUCCGUGGCUGAGCAGCUCCGUGUUGCCUGUUCUUUGGUUUUGCAGGUUUUGCAAGUACCUGGGGGUUCAUGGCUGGCCAGCUCAGAAACCCUUUUUUGUCUGGGUUUAUCACAUAGAAUAAGUCAUUAAACAUGGGUAUUUCAAGAA